AUGGUCCUUGCCCAGCCAACAUGCUCCAGAGUUCAUAGUUCCACUCUGCUCCAUGAGGAACUGAAAGGCGGAAUGGACAAGUCUACUGUCACUAAUCGGGAGGUGAAGAAACAUGUGCGUCUGCAGGAUAGAAGGGGUUCCAAUGUGUCACUGGUGCUGGACAUGAGUUCCUUGAGCAACACAGAACCGAUUCUAUCAGUCUCUACUCCAAGGGACGUCACAGUGCAGCUCCUGAAAUCAGCGAGUCACAUUCUUACUCAGGAGAUGCUCCAGCAGAAGUGCUGGAGUCUAGAUGAGCUUCAAGAGGAGUUUGCGAAAAUCCCUUCAAACUUUGCCAGUUCAGAAGAGCUGGACAUCCCAGGACGAGCAGCAAAGGACAGAUACAAAUCCAUCCUGCCAAAUCCCCAGAGUCGUGUCUGCCUCAAGAGUGCUGACAGCCAAGAAGAGGAGAGCUACAUAAAUGCAAACUACAUCCGGGGUUAUGAGGGGCAGGAGAAAGCCUACAUUGCCACUCAGGGGCCCAUGCUAAAUACAGUCAAUGAUUUCUGGACAAUGGUGUGGCAGGAACAGGUUCCUGUUAUAGUUAUGCUCACCAAACUCAAAGAAGAGAAAGAGAAAUGUAUCUGUUACUGGCCUGAAACAGAGGCAGCCUAUGGGCCAUUCACGAUCCGUGUGCAAGGCACGUGCGAGUGUGAUGAAUACACCAUCCGAGAGAUUGGCCUGCAGCUCAAAGAUGAAUGCCGCGUAAUGAAGCACAUCGUAUUCUCAUCCUGGCCAGACCAGAAAACCCCAGAAUCAGUCAAGACUUUCUUGAACUUAGUUUUGGAGGUGGAAAAAAUUCUGCAGGCUUCAGAGAGGACAGGACCAGUUGUUGUGCACUGUAGUGCAGGAAUUGGUCGGACAGGCUGCUUUAUUGCUACCCAGAUUGGAUGCCAGCAGCUGAAGGACAAAGGAACAGUGGACAUUUUGAGCAUAGUAUGCCAGCUACGCAUAGACAGAGGUGGAAUGAUACAAACUAGUGAACAAUACCAGUUCCUCCAUCAUACACUGGCCACAUAUGCCUCGCAGCUUCAUUAG